CCGGUGGUCAGAUACAGACGUAAUUUCGUAAAAUUCUAUAUUUAAAUUUGAAUUUAAAUAGUGUAUUCGAUCUACUGUGCGUAAACACCAUUAUGGAUCACAAGGAGUUUAGAGUGAAAGCCAAGGAGCUGGUGGACUUCAUGGCGGACUACUUAGAGAAUAUAAGAGAGCACCGGGUCUAUCCUGGUGUGCAGCCUGGGUAUCUACACAAACGCCUGCCGACAGAGGCACCACAGCAACCUGAAAAUUGGGACGAUAUUUUCAAGGAUGUCCAGGAGCAUAUUAUGCCUGGGAUCGUACAUUGGCAAAGUCCCCACAUGCACGCCUAUUUCCCCGCGCUGACGUCAUAUCCUUCCAUCAUGGGAGAAAUGCUGUCCAGCACCCUCAACGUACUUUGCUUUACUUGGGCCUCAUCACCUGCUGGAACAGAGCUGGAGACAAUAGCAAUGAACUGGCUGGGGAAAUUGUUGGGUCUACCUGACUGUUUCCUCAAUGAAAAGAAUGACAGCCCUGGAGGGGGAGUUAUACAGACUACAGCAAGUGAAGCAACUCUGGUCAGUCUUCUGGCUGCAAGAACCCGAGCCCUCAUGGAGCUGGCGAGUUUGAAUCCAGAGCUGCAGUCUUCUGAGCUGCUGGGGCAUCUUAUCUGCUAUUGCUCAGACCAGGCCCAUUCUUCAGUGGAAAAGGCUGGCUUAAUUGGGCUGGUGCGUAUGCGGUACAUAGAGUCGGACGAAAAGCAGUGCAUGAGAGGAGCUAAACUCGAAGAAGCCAUCCUUAGUGACAAAGCGAAGGGUCUUGUGCCAUUUUGGGUCUGCGCAACCCUUGGUACAACGGGUUCAGUGGCAUUCGACAAUUUGCGUGAAAUAGGCGAGGUGUGCGAACGCCACUCCGCUUGGUUGCAUGUGGACGCUGCAUAUGCUGGGAGCGCCUUCGUCUGCCCUGAAUAUAGACAUUGGCUGGAUGGUAUUGAGCAGGCUGAUUCUUUUGCUUUCAACCCAUCUAAGUGGCUGAUGGUCAAUUUCGAUUGCACCGCUAUGUGGGUGAAAGACAGCACAGAACUACACAGGACAUUCAACGUUAAUCCUAUUUACUUAAGACAUGAAAAUUCAGGAAAAGCCAUCGAUUAUAUGCACUGGCAAAUACCACUAAGUCGUCGUUUCAGAGCCCUGAAACUGUGGUUUGUUCUGCGUAAUUAUGGUGUUGUUGGAAUUCAAAAACAUAUUCGCGAGAGUGUUCGCCUGGCCCAAAAGUUCGAAGCGCUAGUGCUGGCUGAUCAACGUUUUGAAAUCCCACAAGCCAGGAACUUGGGAAUGGUUGCUUUCCGCAUGAAAGGUGACAACACACUAACGGAGGUCCUCCUGAAGCGGCUGAACGCUCGCGGCUACAUUCACGCUGUACCAGCCUGCUUUAAAGGAGUUUACGUCAUCCGAUUUACCGUGACCUCUCAGCGGACUACUAACCAAGAUAUUUUAGAUGACUGGAACGAAAUAAAAACAGUGGCUUCAGAGAUUUUGGUAGACGUCUUUGGCUCUGAAUGUGGAAACAUCGCUGUACCCAAGAAACCUCGGAUAACCCUAAAAGACACCCGCGAACUAAAUGCCACCUUUGGUACUAGCCUUCUCCUGGCUAAUUCCCCUAUGAGUCCAAAAAUAGUGAAUGGCACACACGUAGCCAUAUGUGAUUACGAACAGGUGCUGUCAUCUUGUGCUCAGACUUUUGCCCAGCUCAAGAUGGAACCUAAAGAUAGCCCAGAGAUGCGCCGACGCAUCCGUGGUAUUCGUAUGGUUGGAAAGAAAUUCUCCCUGGACUCUUGCAUGGACAUGGUCCAGGGUUUGAUGAUGGAACAGUCUCUACCUCUUUGCGCUGAGGAGAGGGAAGAUGCUUCUAAUGGAUCAAGCCCAGGCGAAAAAUCUAUAUCAUCUUCCCCAGUAACGUCCAGCAACACGAUUAAACAAGAUGCAGACACCAACCAACUUCACAUACCAGCGACACCUUCACGACAUCUUCGUUCCAGAUCGGUUGACGCAUCACUUUCAGAACUUAACUUUGACGACGCAAAAAUUACUAUCGAUCUCAAAAAUAAUGAAGUCACUAUCACUCCUACAGAAAACAAGAAGUUUAUCGAUGAAAAGGUACAUUUUAGUGCAGCAGAUGAGAAGCUUAAAAUUGGGAAUCCAGAUUUUGGAAAUGUCCAAGAUGUGCAGGCAGGUUCGGAUGAAAAGCUUACUAUAAAAGGCCCAGGUAGUUAUAUUAAGAAGCUGAUUCAACAAUUCAGUGAGAAUCAGUUUGAGGAUCCGAAACCUGAAUCUGAUGGAGCAAUAUCUAGCAUUAAGGACAGAGCCGAUGCGAUUUGCAAAAAAUGUCUGCAUUACAAAGGUAGAAUCACCAAGUAAAGAACGUGAAAAGAUGGUUGAUACAUAUCGUAUGGUUAAAGCAGAUUAAAUUGUUGUCGAUAUAGUUAAAAGAAAGCUGGCAUAUAUAAGUUUUCGUUGCCUUUAGUGAAGUUACAAUUGAUCUUCUUCUAUAGAAAGCUUGUUCUCUAUGUAACUCUUUUACCUUAGUGUGAGGCAUGUAAUGUGGUUUGUUUCAUUAAAUGCAUGGACGUCGUUAUUAGGUUUUUGUCUAAUAAAAGUUUUUGCUUCCGCCACGCAUAAUGUGGCCAAGUUACGGGCUAAACUUAUACGUCGUAUUAUAUAUAUAUUA